AUGAGCAAACACCUGGUGACAGUGUCCGCCUGUCGGUUCAUUCACUCACUUGUUACCGGACAGAUCAACAUGUCUUCAGACCCGUGCUCCUUCUCCUCCUUCACCAGGUGCGUCACCAAGCACCUGAACCUGUCCCUCCACCUGGACUUCGACAGGCACGUCAUUAGAGCCAAGGUGGAGCUCACCGUGGAGGCUCUUGAGGACCGUUUCUCUGCUCUGACUUUGGACACCAGAGACCUGAAGAUCGUCUCAGUGAAUGCUAACGGACAAGCGGCGAGGUUCACUAUGGGCCCUAAACACAGCUUCAAGGGGACACCUCUGGACAUCGUGCUGCCCUUUGACCUCUCCAGAGGUCAGCAUGUGAUCGUGGAGGUGACCUAUGAGACGUCUCCAUCGGCAUCGGCUCUGCAGUGGCUCACCCCCGAACAGACAGCGGGGAAGAAACAACCGUACCUGUUCAGCCAGUGUCAGGCUCAUCACUGCAGGAGUAUGAUUCCCUGUCAGGACAGUCCAUCUGUCAAACACACCUACUACGCUCAGGUGUCUGUACCUAAAGACCUGGUGGCCGUGAUGAGUGCAGUGAGAGACGGACAGGAAGUUGAUUCUCAGGACAGCAGCCGCAUCGUCUACAGAUUCAGACAGCCGGUGCCCAUGCCUUCUUACCUGAUUGCCAUCGUUGUUGGAGCUCUGGAGAGCAGGGAGAUUGGGCCGAGGUCCAGAGUCUGGUCUGAGAGAGAGUUUGUGGACAAAGCAGCAUUUGAGUUCUCUGAGACAGAGACCAUGUUGAAGACCGCUGAGGACCUGGCGGGACCAUAUGUUUGGGGUCAGUACGACAUCCUGGUUCUUCCUCCCUCUUUCCCCUAUGGAGGCAUGGAGAACCCCUGUCUGACCUUCGCUACACCAACUUUACUGGCAGGAGACAAAUCUCUGUCCAAUGUGAUCGCUCAUGAGAUCUCCCACAGCUGGACCGGUAACCUGGUGACCAAUAAGACCUGGGAACACUUCUGGUUGAACGAGGGUCACACCGUCUACCUGGAGAGGAUGAUUGGCAGGUGUAUGAACAGUGAACAGUUCCGUCAGUUUAAAGCCAUGGGGGGCUGGAAGGACCUGCAGGACUCGGUGAACACCUUUGGAGCCAACAACCCUCUGACUAACCUGGUCCCUAGCCUUCAAGACGUCGACCCCGACGACGCCUUCUCCUCUGUGCCCUACGAGAAAGGCUUUGCUCUGCUGUACCACCUGGAGGAGCUGAUGGGAGGGCCAGAGGUGUUCAUGGGUUUCGUGAAGUCGUAUAUCCAGAUGUUUGCCUACAGCAGCGUCACUACAGAGGAAUGGAAGAACUACCUGUUCACCUACUUCAAAGACAAGGUGGACAUCCUGAACAAAGUGGACUGGAACGCCUGGAUGUUCACCCCUGGGAUGCCUCCAGUCAAACCUCAGUACGACACCACGCUGGCUGACGCCUGCAUUGCUCUGGCCCAGAGGUGGAUCAUGGCUAAGGACCAGGACCUGACCAACUUUAAAGAGUCGGAUGUGAAGACCUUGUCGUCCCACCAGGUCAUUGAGUUCCUGUCCCUCCUGCUUCAGGAGGAUCCUCUUCCUCUGACUCAUGUGAAGAAGAUGCAGGAGGUUUAUGAUCUCAAUGCCUGUAUGAACUCAGAGAUCCGCUUCAGGUGGUUGAGGCUGUGUGUUCGGUCCAGGUGGGAGGAAGCAGUUCCCAUGGCGCUGAAGAUGGCGACGGAGCAGGGCAGGAUGAAGUUCACAAGACCGCUCUUCAGAGAGGUGUUUAACUUUGAAAAGUAUCGAGAUGAAGCAGUCUCAGUGUUUCUGGCUCACAAAGCAGCGAUGCACCCAGUUACCUCUGGACUGGUUGCCAAAGACCUGAAGGUGAACGCCAGCAACACCACCAGUCUGUAACACCAGAAACCAGUCUGAAACACCAGAAACCAGUCUGAAACACCAGGAACCAUUCUGUAAAACCAGUCUGAAACACCAGAAACCAGUCUGAAACACCAGAAACCAGUCUGUAAAACCAGUCUGAAACACCAGAAACCAGUCUGUAAAACCAGUCUGUAACACCAGAAACCAGUCUGUAAAACCAGUCUGUAACACCAGAAACCUGUCUGUAAAACCAGUCUGAAACACCAGAAACCAGUCUGUAAAACCAGUCUGUAACACCAGAAACCUGUCUGUAAAACCAGUCUGAAACACCAGAAACCAGUCUGUAAAACCAGUCUGUAACACCAGAAACCUGUGUGUAAAACCAGUAUUAAUUCAAACAAUAACAGUAUCAGCAACAAAAAACCAUCGGAGCUCUUCUUUCUUCACUUCUGUUUUCAGUUUCGUUCUCAAACUGAACUGAUAAUUUGAUGCUUUGGUUAAAUGUUUUUGUUUCCGUCUGUAUAAAUGUUUCAUCUCAGGGCAGAAGAAGAAGAAGAAGAGAAAUAAUGAUUUCAUAAAUAAAUAAAGUCUGUCUGAAGUCCA